AGCGGCAAAUUCUUGCAGUCUAGUCGAAGACCGUGAUGCCGAUGCUACCUAGCUGAACUUAACGGUUCCUCAGUAUCGAACUCGGUGUCGUUGCUCGCGAGUUACGCGCGUUCUUAUCGAUCGAUAUACUCGAAGAAAAACUCGAGUUGUUCGAUUAUUAGGUGAUUUACGUUGCGAAUACGUAUACAUAGUUAGUACAGUUAGUACAGAUAAAUGGAAGUAUAUAUAAUUCGUUUGUUUCGAGAACAAGAGGCAUCAACAGGUGGCAUCAACGAAUCUUCUUGAUGCUAUUUCUUGUACACGCGUGCGAAACGAAUUUUUCUUUUCAAGUGAUACGUCUUUUUACGUGACUUCUUUAAGAAAGCUGGCUACGAGUUUCAGCUUUAUCGGAACGCGUCAUGGGCCAAAACUGGUUUUAAACCAAUGCUGACAAAUAUGAAUACAUGUCCAACGGUGUUGCUGCUACUCGCAGGCAUAAUUGCAACGGUGGCAGCAAUCUCCAGUUGUCCAUGGGCGCAACACGUGCCUGACCUCGAGAGUUCUUGCAUCUGUGACUACAACCUGGCCAGAGAACUCUCGGUGCAAUGUGACAUUGUCGAUUACGAGCAGCUCUUAUCCGCCAUGCGGCGUCACGUUUCUAAAACCGCCGUAGACCUAUUCUACAUCAACAACAGCACUAUAGCAACUCUGAGGAACGAUUCAUUCUCAUUCGUAAAAGUCAACAAUAUCCAAUUGUCCGGUUGCCAGAUUAAAACUAUCGAGCCAGAUGCAUUCAAAGGUCAAGAGAAUUCAUUGAAAAGCAUUAAUCUGAAAGAUAACGAAUUAAUGGAAAUUCCCAGUGCAACUUUGAAAACUCUGAAGAAUCUUACGGUACUGGAUCUCUCGAUGAAUAAAAUUACGAAAGUGAACGAUAACGCUUUUACAGGAUUAAAAUUAGUUACGUUAAAACUUUCUGAUAACGAAGUUACUUUGGCACCUGGAUCGUUUCGAGGAUUGGAGAGAUCGUUGAAAAAUCUGAAUUUGAAGGGUACUAGGCAGAAAAAGGUUCCUGAAGCACUCAGAGGUUUGAAAACACUGGCUUUUCUUGAUUUAUCGCAGAACAGUAUCAGAGAGCUGCCCGGUUCCGCUGGUACGAAAGCUUUCGAGGGAUUGGAUUCGUUGACUGGGCUGAAUCUUGAGAGGAAUUUGAUACAAAAUAUCGGAUCGGAUGCGUUUCAUGGUAUUAAGAAUACAUUGAGCUCACUGAGCUUGUUGAAUAAUCUUAUUCCCGAUUUCCCGACGGUUGCUAUUAAUAGCAUUCAAGAUCUUAGGGUGCUUGAUAUAGGAUUCAACUUGAUAACGGAACUACCAGUAAACGCCUUUCAAAAGAAUCCAUCGAUAACUCUGCUGGCAAUCGAUGGGAAUCCCUUGUCAACCGUACCAGAAGACGCUUUAGCACGAUUAAACGGAACGCUUCGAGGUCUCAGUUUAGGAGGGCGAUUUCUAGUCUGCGACUGCAGAUUACGGUGGAUCGUCGACUGGAUAAAAAUCAGAGAUUUGCAAGUUACUAGUCGGGAACGCAAGCCACAAUUCUGCGGAAGUCCGCAGAAAUUGCAAGAUAAAAGCUUUUACAACAUCGAUCCAAACGAAAUGACUUGCGAAAGAACUCCAGAAAUAAUCGGUAUCGGAACGGUAGAAAGCGUAGACACGAAAGAACCUACAGGAUCUGCUAUAGCAGCUAACAGUUACGAUUCAACCCCUCGACCAUCCAUCAACGUAUCUACCACUGUAACAACCACAACCAUAUCGACAACAGCACCUGCGUCUUCCACGACCGAAUUCCAAAGAGCCGAAACGUCAUCUUCCAAUACCCCAAGAACCAUCACCAACAGGCCGACUGUUGCACGAACGGGAAACGUGGUGAUAAUGAGGACUACGCUGUCCCCACCAAAACAGAUUCAGGAUCAUCAAUUGCAGCAACAUCAACCAAGGCCACCAUUGGUCCUUGGCUCGCCACUUUACAAAUCAAAGUUUAACGACAAAGAUAUUGUUGUCAAGGACGUACUCAGACAAGACAAUGCAGUGAUUAUAUAUUGGGACACGGAAGCGACCAAUAUUUUAGGUUUUAAAGUAAUUUAUAGAUUGUUUGGAGAUAAUAGUUUCAAGCAGGCACCACCUUUGGAGGCUAGCGAACGAGAAUUCAAAAUCAAAAACGUUCCUUCGCAGGAAUGUAUCGUAGUGUGUGUAGUAUCGUUGGAGGAAACAAACAUCACUCCUGCAAAUGUACCCUACAACCAAUGCAAGGAGGUAAGAACGGAAAAUUCGCCUACGUCCAACAUGGAUAAAAUUACCAUCGCUGCAAGUGCAGCCAUCUGCGCUACUAUAGUGGUAGCGGUAAUAAUAUUUAUUGUUGCGAACCGGCGAAGGGCAAGAAAACUCCACACUCUUCACAGUAUCGAUCAAACGAAAAUGGGUGGACCUAUUGCUGGAUUACCCGUCAAUUGUUGUUCCAACGUUGGUCCGACACCGAGCCCUGGUGGGCCGUUGUCAUCAACGGCAACUCUCAGCGCUUAUAACGCUCAGAAAGAAUGGGAUCAAGUAUCUGCGUAUAGUAAUAGGAGUAUACCAAGGCCUAGGAUAUUCCCCAUAGAUCGACAAGGUUCGAUAACCAGAGCUUCUUGCAUUGACGAUGUUAGAUCACAAACGGGGCAUUACAGUGGAAAAAUAUCGACUCGUUCUAUAGUUGGAGAUGGGCAAUCUCAGCACAGCUUUUCCAAUACAAAUUCAACGAGAUACUUUGGAAACAACACUUUGUCUUCGAAUCUUGCUAACACGAGAUCAGAACUGAGACAAUCUCGACAAUCUUUGACUGCAGCUUCGGACAGAAUGUCGCGAACAAAUUUCUCGCCCAGUCAUAUGCCACAUUCUUCGUCCAGGAGACAAAGACCAAGAUCGUGUAAUCGUACAUUGGAACAAAACCCACCAAGACCGUGCAGUAGAUAUAGCAUAGCCGAUUCGACACACACUCUUAAUAACUAUGAAGAGAACAAUUGGACCGAUCAUGAUAUGGACAUAUACAUGGCACGUAAUCCAACGACGAGGACUGGUCUCAUGCCUCUCUGAUCGACACUUUGUCAAUGACUUUGAUGCGUACUGCUUUGAUGGUUUUGCUCAAAAAUCGUGUUCAGUGACAUUUUUUUUCUUUGGAACACGUGAACUGCACUCAUUCACAUACAUGUAUUAUAUAUACCGUGACAUUCCAAAAGAUAUAGAGAUUUAUAGAUACCCUAGUGUUAACGUAGCAUUAAUGUUGGAAUAAAGAUUCGAGAUCUAUGUUAUUACGAAUACUACUGUGCAAUAGAUGUAUCAACGUACGUAAUAACACGGAGGAGACAUUACAGACGUACAGUCAUCAUCAAGAAAGUGUUUAAAAGUGCACGUUUACUGUACGCGUUUGAAAUACGAAACAUUAAAUUUCAAACGAUUUCAGCACACCAUUUCUCAAAGACAAAAGAAAAACAGAAGAAGGAAAAAGCAGAAAUCAUCGCAACAAGUGGUAAAUGAGUUUAAUGCGUAUAAGAGCGUUGGACAUUUUAUAUCCAAAGACUGUAUCAAAAUCUAGAUUGCGUUCAACUGCGUUUGAGUUGCGCGAUCGUAGCGCGAUCGUGCUGUUCAGAUUUUAUACCGGAAAAUGUCAUGGCAUCGGGCUGCAAUUUGCAAAUAUCGAGGCGUUUGGAUCCUACACAAGCUGUUGAAACUGUUCCAAACAAACAACUGCUUCAUCUCGCAACUGCAUCGACAAUUGCAAUUGUUGAUAUAUGAUAUAAUAAACAGAGCGCGAUCGCAGCUCUACUUGAUAUUUUUCAAUAAGAAAAGCGCAAAUUAAGAAAAGCGCAAAUACUCGUACUCAAACGGUUAAUACCUUGCGCUUGUUGACGUAAGUUUAUAAGAAACGUGCUAACGUUAAAGUAUUUUUUAACAUAUUAUACGUUCUCCUUAAUGAGAUUUUUAUAAAAUAAUUUUGUGUAUUUCUAAAUACUAGUAAUAAUUUUAUAUUCCAGUAUUAGAAUAAAAUCGAAAUUAUAUACGUAUACGCUGAAUAUAAAACCAUCAAUUCACAA